CUCGACAUGAACAAGUUGCCUCUACGAACUAUGUGAUCGAGUAUUUACAGUUAACCGGUAGAUUUACCAACUCCUGUCUGUUGCUAAGUGAACUGAUCAAAUAAACAUCGCUUCAUUUUAGAUGUCGAAUUCUGAUGAUUACCAAUUUAUCGAUUGGAAGAGGAAUGAUGUGGCUUCAUCAGUUUUUGGUAUUCUCCCUCAUCGUUGUCAUGGAACUUUCUCAAGGACAUCACAUUGAAAUCGAACAAUCGCCGGAGGACAUCAAUUUAGAACGUUUUAAAAACAGUAAAGAGAAUGCGUUUAAAAAAAAUGCAAAGAAACCUCUCACAUAUUCGGAAUGGGUUAGAUGGAGUGCUUGUAUAGGUGGUCGUAAAACUAGGCGCCGCCAUUGCUUGCGAAGGAAAAUAUGUGGCGAUUCCAUGCGAAUUGAAGUUGCAAGUUGCGACAAAUCUCGUCACGGCAAUCUUCGGAUGUACAGUCGCGAACAUGAGCGUAACAGACCAGAGAGAGAACAAGAACAACACAUAGUGAUGCAAAAUCCUAAUUUGCGACAGUUGGAUGAAAAUGAUAUACAGAAAAAAUUCCGAGGGUUUUCUCCUUGGACUGCGUGGACUCCUUGCUCUCGACAGUGUACCACUAUUAGACGAAGAUAUUGUCAGAAGACCUCUGUAUGUGGAAGGAAGGUAGUAAAGCAGUCCGCCUAUUGCUACCUUGAAGGUAGUUACUGUUACCUCUGGAUACGCAGCAAGAUGCAGCGGCGAAAGGACCCAGGACACAAUGUUGUGGAAUCAAUGCCGAAGCCAGUACCAGUAUUUCAUCCAGAGGACUCCCGAGCAUUUUCCGCCAGGACGCCCUCGUGCGGUAGAAUAGGGCGAUAUCGUGGGUCACCGAACACUCGGCUCAGAGCCAAAAUGCGAGAUAUGGUCCGCAUUAUAGGAGGCAGGCCGGCACCACCUGGCAAAUGGGUCUGGCAAGUCGCAGUCUUGAAUCGAUAUAAGGAAGCAUUCUGUGGUGGUACGCUGGUGUCUCUCCGCUGGGUGGUGACGGCGGCGCACUGCGUGAGGAAACGUCUGUACGUGCGACUGGGGGAGCACGACUUGCUCGUGCGCAGCCGCGGUGAGGUGGAGAUGAGGGUCACUGAGGCUGUCACACAUCCGCAUUAUGACCCAGACACUGUCAUCAAUGACGUUGCGCUGUUACGGUUGCCUGGACCAGCAAGACCAGAUAUGGGCCACGGAAUAGCCUGUCUACCAAAGCCCCAUCAGAUUUUACCUCCACAUUCCAGCUGUGUAAUUCUCGGAUGGGGGAAAAAACGCUCCACGGAUGUCCAUGGUACAAGAAUCUUACACGAAGCUCAGGUAUCAACAAUACAGCAAGGCGUGUGCCGGCGCUCGUACUGGCAGUACGCCAUCACAGACGACAUGGUGUGCGCGGGCCGGGGGCACAGGGACUCCUGCGCGGGGGACUCGGGCGGACCUCUUCUGUGCAGAGAUCGGAACAUGCGCUAUGUUUUACAGGGGAUAACAAGUUUCGGAGACGGCUGCGGUAAGCGCGGUAAAUAUGGGAUCUACACCAGGACUGCGGGCUACGUGAACUGGAUUCGUGACGUCAUAGACAACAAAUACUUCGACGAUUGAUGCGAGACGAUCUAAUU